CGUCACCGUGCGUCGGCAACGGUCCCCUCGGGCUGGGGCCUUUCGGGAACACAACGGCGGGGCCGGCGGGCCUGAGCUCGGUCGCAUCAGGGUCAGGCGCCGCGGCGGCCGGCGUCUGAGGAGGCUCCGGCUCCGCGGUCUACAGCCCUGAAGACUUUUCCUUACCAUAUUUUUCUCCUGCAGAAAUUAAACCCCAUAUGAAAAUUCUAAAACUAUAAAAGAAUACAGUUUGAAAUCUAUGGAGUAUAUUUUCGUGUAUGAAUAAUUAUAUUUAGAAACAUUUUUUUCAGAAAGGCUAGGCAAUUGCUGGUACAUUUGAGUGACAGUUUUUCUGUUGCCAAUACAGUAUUUUGUUAGACAUUUGUGAUAAAAGAGAGAUAGGUAUUUUGAUAAAUUGCUCUAGUUGUAAUACACUGAUGUUACUAACUGGUCCUUUAAUGAAGAGUAGGUUUUUUUUUUUUUAAUGCAUUGUAAAAAGUCUUGUACUGGAAGGAUUUAUGAUUAACUAGUUAAGUUUAUGGAGAAAAGACCGUCAUUUGACCAAAUAUUAGAGUGAUAUGGACAGAUAGGAAGAAUUAUAGUGAAACUGCAGGAAGGAGAAACAAGCGUAUACUAUUCAACAAAGGUAGAUGAGGAAUAGUUUGAGCUUUAAGUUAAGUUCAUUCCCAUAUUCUAUAAUAGGCAUUUUGAUAAGCUUGGUGUUAAUUUUCCCAAAAGUUGUUAAGCAAAUAUCACCUACCUAAGUAAACAUUGUGUGAGGCUAAAUAAUAUGUGAGGUUAACUUAUGUACAUACAUAUAAUGCUUUAUAUGAAGACUUUAGUUACUUUUACUUGAUAGAAUAAAAUGAGUAUUUUGUAUGCUAUAUUAAAGCCCUUAUAAGGGAAAAAAAAAAACCUUACAUAUAACUUUUAUGUGUAAACCACAAUUGGAAUUAUCUCCAGACUUUAUAGUUUAUAUUCAAAAGCAAGUGUGUUAACUUUUACAGACCUUUAGGUUAGUUACAUUAAAUUAUGAGUAAAUAGUUCAUAAGUUACCUUAAAAACUUAGUCUAAUUCCAAAGAUCACUAAGUGGAGGCUUAGUUUAGGAAUGAUAGUCAUCCUAUACACAUAGACUCAGUAAAGAAGGUAUAGUGAAUUCUAUCUUAAGUAGGAGCCUGUCAUUUGAAGCUUGUGGUGAAGAUACAAUUUAGUGUGAAGAGAUGAGAAAUUUUAUAUGAAUGUUUAGGCAGUCAAAGUAUUACUGUCUGUUCAUGCACAAAAUUACCUCCCAAAGAGUUGCUCAAGGUACAGAAAACAGUACAAUGGAAGAUAGCACAGUGUUAUCCAGCUGGACAAGUGACAGCAAAGAAAAAAUGAAGUACGACUUUUCAUGUGAACUCUACAGAAUGUCUACAUACUCAGCCUUCCCUAUUGGUGUUCCUGUCUCAGAAAGAAGCCUUGCUCGAGCUGGUUUUUAUUACACUGGUGUGAAUGAUAAAGUCAAGUGCUUCUGUUGUGGCCUGAUGCUGGACAACUGGAAACAAGGAGACAGUCCCAUUGAAAAACACAAACAGCUCUAUCCUAGCUGCAGCUUUAUUCAGAAUCUGGUUUCAGCUAGUAUGCAACCCACUUCUAAGAAUUCCUCUCCAGAGCGAAACAGCUUUGCAAAUUCAUUGUCUCCUACUUUGGAACACGGUGGCUCAUUCAGUGCUCCUUACUCCAACCUUCUGUCAAACCCUCUUCAUUCUAGAGCUGUCGAAGACUUCUCUCCAGCGAGGAUUAAUCCCUACAGCUAUGCAAUGAGUACUGAAGAAGCUAGAUUUCUUACUUACAAAAAUUGGCCAUUAAGCUUUCUGUCACCAUUAAAUAUGGCAAGAGCUGGCUUUUAUUAUGUAGGACCUGGAGAUAGGGUAGCCUGUUUUGCCUGUGGUGGGAAGCUCAGUAACUGGGAACCAAAGGAUGAUGCUAUGUCAGAACACCAGAGACACUUUCCUAACUGUCCAUUUCUGGAAAAUUCUUUAGAAACUAUGAGGUUUAGUAUUUCAAAUCUCAGCAUGCAAACACAUGCAGCUCGCAUGAGAACAUUUAUGUACUGGCCGUCCAGUGUUCCAGUUCAGCCUGAGCAGCUAGCAAGUGCUGGUUUUUAUUAUGUGGAUCGCAAUGAUGAUGUCAAAUGCUUUUGUUGUGAUGGUGGCUUGAGGUGUUGGGAGUCCGGAGAUAACCCAUGGGUAGAACAUGCAAAGUGGUUCCCAAGGUGUGAGUUCUUGAUACGCAUGAAAGGGCAGGAAUUUGUUGAUGAAAUUCAAGCUAGAUAUCCUCAUCUUCUUGAACAGUUGUUGUCAACUUCAGAUACUCCUGGAGAAGAAAAUGCUGAUCCUCCAAUUGUUCAUCCUGGCCCUGGAGACAGUUCUUCAGAGGAUGCAGUCAUGAUGAACACACCUGUUGUUCAAGCUGCCUUGGAAAUGGGCUUUACUAGAAGCCUGGUAAAGCAGACCGUUCAACGUCAAAUCCUGACGACUGGAGAGAACUUUAAAACAGUUAAUGAUAUUGUGUCAGCACUUCUUAAUGCUGAAGAUGAAAGAAGAGAAGAAGAGAAGGAAAGACAAGCUGAAGAAAUGGCAUCAGGUGACUUGUCAUUAAUUCGGAAGAAUAGAAUGGCUCUCUUCCAACAAUUGACAUGUGUCCUUCCUAUCUUGGAUAAUCUUUUAAAAGCCAAUGUAAUUAAUAAACAGGAGCAUGAUAUUAUCAAACAAAAAACACAGAUUCCUUUACAAGCAAGAGAACUGAUUGAUACCAUAUUAGUUAAAGGAAAUUUUGCUGCCAACAUCUUCAAAAACUGUCUAAAGGAAAUCGACUCCACAUUGUAUGAAAACUUAUUUGUGGAAAAGAAUAUGAAGUAUAUUCCAACAGAAGAUGUUUCAGGUCUGUCCUUGGAAGAACAAUUGAGGAGAUUGCAAGAAGAAAGAACUUGUAAAGUGUGUAUGGACAAAGAAGUUUCUGUUGUAUUUAUUCCUUGUGGUCAUUUGGUAGUGUGCCAGGAAUGUGCCCCUUCUCUAAGGAAGUGCCCUAUUUGCAGAGGUAUAAUCAAAGGGACUGUUCGUACAUUUCUCUCAUAAAAAAAAUGGAAAAUAGGCUGUGUAUUAGCCUAUUCUGAGAGUCUUUACAAAAUUGGUUACUAUUGGAAGCCAUCUGAAACAAGGAAGGAGUUAACUGGCUCUUCACCUUGUGUAUUUACUUUCUGCUCUGCUUGGAGCUAAGAAGCUGGCUUCAUUCAAGACAGUAUAUAUAUUUAAUUGUUAGCAGUUUAGUUUUCUGGGAGUGCUUAUAUUUGCCAAGGUAAAUCAGUGUGUAUGUGUGAGAGGAGCCAGUGUCUGCUUGUUAGGGGCUGUGUCAGGAGGUCCUGGACUUGGUAUUCUUUAUGAGAAUUGAGCACUCAAGAAUGUGUACUUUAGAAGAACUGGAAACCAGUUACGGUGCCACGUUUACUUUUGGUGCUUUUCCUUUUUGUAAAAUAAGGAUUUUUUUUUUCUUUUGUUGGUAAAUAAAAUUUCUCCUAACUUGUGAGAAACAUCUUAAUAAAGUCCUAUUAAAAAGCUUC